AUGGCGCCGGUCGAGCGUCGGUAUGUUUCCAAGCUGGUACCCUCAAACACAAAGCUGCUCACGGUUCUGCUCGUCGCCGUUGCGGUCGUCAAUUCAGCAACGCUGGGCUAUGAUGCGUCUGUCAUGAACGGCCUGCUCAUUCUCCCCUCUUACACGGAAUACUUCCAACUCACUACAGCGACGAUCGGCCUCAAUAAUGCCGCCAGCUGGCUAGGCAGCAUCCUGGGCGCCUUCCUCAUGCAGCCGCUGCCAGAUCGCUUCGGUCGCAAAAACAGUAUUCUGGGGGCCUGCCUCAUCGCGUUUCUUGGCAUUGCGCUGCAGGCCGGCGCGCAGAACAUUGCCAUGUUUGUCGUUGCACGCAUCAUUGUCGGUCUGGGCACGGCUUUGAGCAAUAUCGCCGCACCGCUUCUCCUUGGCGAGCUUUUGCCAGCCCAGCUGCGCGGCAGGAUCCUGGGUCUCUUCUUCUCAUGCUUCUACGUCGGCAGCUUGUCUUCGUCUAUUGUCAAUUACGGCAGCCAAAACAUCACGAGCACGUGGGCUUGGCGGCUGCCAUCUCUGCUGCAGGUUCUCCCGAGCCUUUUGUCCCUGGCGCUGCUUCCUUUCGUGCCCGAGUCUCCUCGCUGGCUCAUCUCCAAGGGCCAGGACGAGUAUGCACAAGAGGUCUUGGCGUUGAUGCAGGUCGGCAAGCAGUAUGGUGGAGCCGCCGACGAUGGAGCAAGUGCUGUCUACGAGAUCAAGGCUAUCAUGGCAAAGGAGGAGGAGGAAAUGCCAGGGAACCCCUGGAAGGAGCUUGUUUCCACUCCCGGGAACCGGAAGAGGCUGCUGAUCUUGAUCGUUUUCGGCAGCAUGAUCUCGACGCUGGGCAAUUUCGUCAUCUCCUUCUACCUCAACGACAUUCUGGACCAGGCUGGCAUCCACGACACCAACACCAAGCUGCAGAUCAGCGUCGGGCUGAAUUGCUGGUGCUUCCUCGUCGCCGUGAUCGGCAGUUUUAUGCUCGAUGUGAUUGGCCGACGCAUCCAGACCCUGCUGGCCAUGGUGGGCAUGAUUGUCACCCUGUACAUCACGGGUGGUCUGAUCAAGACUUACGGCAUGAGCGACAACCAGUCGGCAAUCUACGGCACCAUCUUCGUGAUCUUCCUCUUCCAGGGCUUUUACUCGUUCGCGAUCACACCAAUGACGUCUCUGUACCCCACAGAGAUUUCUCCAUUCAAAGUUCGUGCUGCAGGAAUCGCGGUCUUCAGGUUCUUUGACAGUGGAUUUGGGUUGUGCUUCUCUUUCGCGAUGGCCUUUGCAAUGGCCGACCUUGGCUGGAAGUUCUACCUGAUCAACGCUUCGUGGAACGUCGUCUUCACCUUGAUCAUUUUCUUCUACUUUCCUGAAACCAAGAAGCUCAAGUUGGAGGAAAUUGCCGUGCUUUUCGAUGGUCCGAAGCUCAUAGAGGCUGCACUUGCUGAGACGGCCGUGGCUGAAACCACUUCAGACAAGAAUGGAUCAUCAGUGACCACGGGUCCCAAGUAAGAUUGCGGUGUGGUGCGCCGAUGAAGGCAUGGUUACCAACCACGCUUGAAGUACGGUUGAAGCUCACUUUCGCUUUCUCGUUGUCUUUCGUUUGCCCAAGAUUUAUUGAGG